AGUCUCGCGGUAGUACAAGGGUAACUGGAAGUGGGGCUUUUGACGAAAUUGUUACUUGUGUUUUCCCACAUAAGCUGGCUGAUUUCUGAAAUAGAUAUAACUUCACCGUCAGUUGAAUGAAGUGUUCGGCUGCCACUACAACAAGCGACCGUGUUCGAAGCACCUCCAUCUUAUGACCGGGAAAGAUCAUGGACGUCGUCGAUGGUGAGGGCAGCGCGGCGGCACCGGCCAAGAAGAGCGGCCGGACGUCGUUGCUCGACAGCGGAGAAGACUUUGAGGUCUUGGAUGACGAUGACAUUGACGACGACCCCCCUCCUCUGGAAGACGCCGGCGGUGGGGAGGGCCAGGACGCGCAUGAGGAACGCGGAAACGAAGAGGCAGACCCCGGAGAAGCCUCACAGGAAUGGCUGGAUGUGCUAGGUAAUGAGCAGCUGAAGAAAAAGGUCCUGGUAGCAGGCGAAGGCCGGGAGAGUCGUCCAAAGAAAGGACAGAACGUGACCAUUUGUCUUAAAGCAUUCCUGAAGGAUGGAACGCUGGUGGAGGAGCAGCCCGAGCUCACAUUUACGCUUGGUGACGGCGAUGUCAUCCAGGCCUUGGAUCUCGCAGUGCUGCUCAUGGAAAUGGGCGAGAAGGCACUCGUCCAAACUGCUGCCAUUUAUGCGUACGGUACCUGGGGAAGCUGUGACCCAGAUGUGCCACCCAAUGCUGAGCUGUCCCUGGAAGUGGAGCUGAAGAAAGUCUGCGAUGCACCAGACAUGGAGCUGCUCCCUCCGCUGGAAAAGAUUGCACUGGCCAGUGGAAAGAGAGAAAGGGGCAACAUUCUAUAUCAGCUCGGAGACUUUGCUUUUGCCAUCAACUCCUACAGCAUCGCCCUGCAGAUCACAGAAUCCAGCUCCAAAGUGGACAUAAGUCCGGAGGAGGAAAAGGAGUUGACAGACGUGAAAGUGAAGUGUCUGAACAACAUGGCGGCGGCGCAGCUCAAGCUGGACCACUAUGAGGCUGCAUUCAAGUCGUGCGUCGCCGCCCUCACUCACCAGCCCAAUAACAUCAAAGCACUCUUCCGCAUGGGCAAGGUGCUGGCCUUACAAGGCGAAUACGGAGAAGCCAUUCAGACUUUGAGAAAGGCACUGAAGCUGGAACCGAGCAACAAGACCAUCCACGCGGAGCUGUCGAAACUGGUGAAGAAACACUCGGAGCAGAGAGGAGCGGAGCAGGCCAUGUACAAAAAGAUGUUGGGCAACCCCGCCAACAGUGGCGCACACAAACGCUGGAUCAAGUCAUCAUGGGGUCUCAGCUGGAAGUGGUUAUUUGGCGCCACAGCGGUUGCCAUCGGCGGCGUAGCCUUAUCGGUGGUCUUGGCUGCCAGAAACUGAAGCCCCCCCAUUCCUUUUUUCUUUGGGUUUUUUCCUUUCUUUCUGUAUGUCAGCUAGUGAACGGACCAAGAAAUAAGCACAUCUGGCACUGAGGACAUGUCAGUAGAGUCAUUGGGAUGAUUUUUGAGGAGGAGUUCAUGGGAAGUUUUUGAGUUUGCAUAAGUGUAUUCGGAUGCUGACAAACCUUGCAGCUUCCAAUUAAUAAUGAUCCCUUUUAGCAAAUGGCCGCUGCAUCUGCAAAGCAAAAGGGUCCCGUGUAACAGUCAUAAAAAGCUCAUAAUUUCCUCCUACAUAAAUGCUGAAUUCGCACCAAUUUGUUGUUUUUUUGCUCAUGGCCAAAAGCUGUGUCUAAUAUAAAAAUAUUUCUUGGGUGGUAUCUUGCGGCCAAGAAGUGAUGUUGAAAUGAAGGGAGGAGCUUCAUUUACAUUUAUUCAUAAAAAAGCCAUUCACCGCCUCUUUUUUUCUCCCCCCUCUCAUCCGGGUUACCUGAUUUGGAUGCAGCUGCAUCCCUUCCAGCACACCAAAUACAGUAUGCACACAUUGCAAGUCUCUGUUGCACUUUGAAGUUUCCCAUGACAACUUACAAAACGUUCCCUUACUGACUUUGUUGCGUAGCAUAAAACUUUUUUCCUUGUUUUUUUUUGGGGGGGGGGUAUUUGCGUACCUCUAUUUCUUGCCUUGUAGACGAUUAAAAUACAUUUUAAAAAAAGUAAAAACAUGGUAUUCUCUUCCCCCCCUGAUUUCGAUCAGGUGAAAAUGAUGUGAUCGGGCCCAAUUUUCAAUCGUGUAGUUGGGAUCAGGACAUCCCUAAUAUACGCUAUGCUUUGUGAAUGGGGGGGGUGCACUGUUAUGCUUUUUCCUUAGAACCACCCCUACAAUAAUGGCCCAAGUCUUUUCAGUUAGUAUUUAUUAAAGAGAAUGUGUGUUGAAUAAGGUACAAAGUAUGGUGUGCUGAGACAAAACAUCCAAAGCUAAACGUUCAGAACACUCUGAGGUGAUCUGGAAUGCGGUUAAACAGUCCUACCUCGCGUUUGUCGUCAUCUCAUUAACAAAGUCAAUCCAAGAUGCAAGUGAAGUAUGUUCGGUACGCAUAUAAUUACAAAUUGAUGACUCAUAUUAUCGCCGUGACAACCAGGGCGGUGUGCAGCUACACCAAGUUUUGACACUGCAGAAAGAGCCUAUUUUGGACAUUUUUGUCACUUAUACCUCAGGUUUUGACCGUUGAAGACCAAAUGUUGACAAGUCCAACACAGGUGGAUUGUGAUUACUUUGUUUCCUUUUAGGUGUUAAAUUUAUUCUAGCGUCACUGCUUGUUGCUCUGUAAUUUACCCACACUGAAUGUGUCCUAAAUUAAAAAAUAUUCCAUCAACAGUU